AUGGCUUCUCAUAAAAAGGAUAUGCGCCGCGCCGACCUCAUCGUCCCGUACGCCGAACCCACCAAGAAGGGCGACGAGGCAGACAUGUCGAGUACCAUGGCCAGCACACUGCCAAUGGCCGCCAUCUUCACUCGAAACAAGAUGAUCGGCUGGGUCGCUGUGGUCUUCGCUAUCCAGUCGUGGCUCGCUGAGACACCUGAGCAGAGGAAAACUUCGACUUCGCCUGCCUACUUCCAGGUGGGCAUGGCCGCCAUGUCUCUCCUCGUUUUACUCGUCCUUGUUCCUCCCGCCCCCACCUGGAACGGCGGGCAGAGCGUCCGGGACAGAGGCACCGGGUCCAGUGCCAUUGUAGAAGGAGUGAAGCGAAAGUGGGAGAGGACUGGGUUAAGGUGGUGGUUGCUCGUACGCGCAGCGAUGGCGCACACAGUUGGAUAA